AUGGGGCAUGACCGGAACAACCUCGGUAGUACCUACAUCAGAAAUGAGUGUGCAACCCACGGUACAACCACCAUCAUCUAUUCCGACUUCCUCAACAACCUCCGCAGAAAGGGAGUCUUUCGCGACAGUCGCACCAUCAGAACCCUCGAAACCCUCCCCGACUCACCAACAAAGCGACCCGAAGGGAGCAAGGAGCAGCUGAGUCGGGAGGGAGGAGAUGAACCAGAGAGGACGCCGGUAGCGGAGCCCAUUCCCCAAGAAAUGGCAAGAGAAGAAAUAGAUCUGAAUGAAACAGCCAAGAAACAAGGCAUCAUGACUGAUGAUGAAUUUCAGAUGAUUUUAGAUGAGGUGAAUAGGAAGGAAGAUGACACUUUCAUGUUGGUUGAGGAUUUAGGCCUUGCAUCGAGGACAGUCGGAGAAGGUGAAGUAUCCGGUACAGGAAACGAACCAGAAGGCCAAGCCCACCAGCCAGUAGACGAAGUGGAAGAGAGGCAAACCAGAGAAGAAGAGACAAUGUCAGUAACACCCCAGCCAGAUGCAGGGGAGAGUGAAGCACGCAUUGAGAAUGAGGAGACAGUAACAAGAACAGAGGUACCAGCACCAGUGGCACCUCCAGUGUCGAAACUGGAAGCAGUAAAAAGGAAGUUAGUGUUGAAGAGCGAUCCAAAGGCAGAACGGCCGAAGCCUACGAGAGUGUCGCAAAGAUGCCUAAGGAAGUGGACAUCCAGCAAGGUGAAGGCAAACACAACAGCAGAUCCAGUGGAGGUUUUAAGUGAAGAGGAGAGGACCACUCCUACAAAACCUGGGGAGGAAUCCUUAUCAGCUACUGACUUGGAGGAUGCCUCGACGGCCGCCGAAGUGGUCUCACCAACGCCGAGUGACCAGAGAGAGGGGACUGAUAAGAUGGCUGAAGGUCUGGACCUCGCAUCUGAGUCAGUAGGUCACAAAGAGCCAAGAGAUGACAAUAUCCAUACCCGCGUGGAGACACACCCUACUGCCCAGGACAAGCCUUCAACCCAAGCAGAGAAGAAACCGGAAGAAGAUGAAGAAAGAGAUGAGGACAAGUACCGAGAGGAGAGGAAAAGAAAGGGGAAAGCCCCUGUUAAGAAGAAGCCAGGCAGCAAAAAACAACGCACAGUCAACAUCGACGUCGUCAUCAAGGAACCAGAUCAGAGAGCCUCACCGCACCGAAGGGAGUCGAGCGACAACGAAUAUACUGCCAGUGAAGAGUCAGGGUCCGAAAGCGACAUCUCCCUGGAGGAAGAAGAACACAGCACCUAG